GAACUUUUCAGUGGUCGGGCGAACGGAACGAUUUUGUGCGUAAAAGUACGCGUGAGAACUGGAGUCCAGCAAAUGUUUGAAGAGAAAAAAUAGAUGUAAGUAAGAAUAUUUUUUAAUAUGAUGUUUUAAAUUUGGGUAUCCACAUCUCGAAGACAACACACCAUUUCCCCAUUUGCAAUAUUAAUUUAGAGUUAGCUGGAAAGUAUGAUUUAUUUUUUGCUCUUUAAUUUGUUUAUUACUGUGAUUCACUUGAAUUAUUGUUCAUGUUGUGCACUUUUAAAUAGAUUAAAUGUAUGUGUAGAAAAUAGACAUCAAAGUAAAAAAUAAAUCUAUCAUCAAGAUGUUCGGGUGGUAAUGCUAAUUUAUUUUCAUCUUAAAUUUAAAUUUUUUUUGCAAAUUUAACCACAAUGCAGAGUCUGCUGUUGAAUCCUGUGCUGGUAUUUUAAUCCAGGAUAAGAAUUUUAGCAAGAUUUUGUUUGGCUCUAAAGCAUAUUUAUGCCUGUAUUUCCAGCUCUUUAAAAACAUUCACUGGAAAUCCACUCGCCUAAAGCCUCUGUCACCGUCCAGAUGCAUGUCACUAUGGAUAUGGACAAUACAAGGAGACCUAAGGAAGAGUUUUUCAAGGCAGCUCACUUGAAUGACACCAACAGCAUGAAAGCCUUAUUGAUGAGUGAAGAUUUUGACCUUUGCGUUCGAGGAGAUUUAGAAGAAACAAUCCUACACACAGCACUGUUCAAUGGCAAUAAAGAAAUAGCAGAAUUCAUUCUGGAUCGGAUACCAGCAUUGAUUGAUGAACCAAUGACGUCUGAUCAGUUCCGAGGUGAAACUCCGAUGCACAUUGCUGUUUUGAAACAAGAUAUGGAAAUGGUGAAGGAACUGUUGAAUCGAGGAGCGGAUGUGAUCACCUCACGAGCCACCGGCUCCUGCUUUGUCCCAGGAGAAGACUGCCAGUGUUACUAUGGUGAAUUUGUGUUGUCCUUUGCUGCAUGCAUUGGCAAUGAAGAGAUUGUUAGAACUCUUAUUAACCACAAUGCACCAUUAGAUGCACGGGAUUCCUUGGGCAAUACAGUUCUCCAUUUGCUGGUUCUACAAGUGGAAGCAAGCCACAUAUAUUCUAUGUACGAACUCAUUAUGUCCUUGGUGACUGAGAAGCAACAGCCAAGCCUCGACUGCAUCACAAACAACGAUGGCUACACUCCACUCAAGCUCGCAGUCGCUGAGGGACAUAUGGAGAUGUUCAACUAUUUGGUUGAAAAACAGAAGAAAACGUACUGGCGCAUGGGAACAAUUUCUUACUGUACUUAUGACCUCACGAGCAUUGAUACCUGGGAAGAUCAAAAAUCAGUUCUGGACAUCAUAACCAAAAGCAGGGACACCAAGGUUCACAAAUUCAUCGAAACCAAACCAGUGAAGGAGCUGGUGCAACAGAAAUGGAUUUCAUUUGCGAACAAGUAUUUCUUCAUGUGGAUGGUUUCCUAUAGUCUGUACAUCAUGGUAUUCACCGCCGCAAGCUUGCACCGACCAUUGAAACCAGUUCCUCAAGGACAGUUUGGCGAACAUGUUAUUAAAAUCCAGAAGACUUUAGUGGAAUCCUAUCAAACAAAGGAAGACUACCUGAGACUUCUGGGUGAACUUAUAACUGUUGUCGGGGCUUUAAUAAUACUCAUCAGUGAGCUGAUGUAUUUAUCCAAGAUAGGACUUAAAAAUUACUUGGCGAACACAUCCAAUGGAGGUCCUUAUCCAUUAUUAUUGAUCUGCUACUCACUCCUGAUUAUCGCGGCAGUUGUCAUGAGACUCCUUUCUGAAGAUGAGGAAGCUUUUCCGAUGUCCUUUGCUCUGAUCAUUGGAUGGUGCAACACAAUCUAUUUUGCCAGAGGCUUUAAAACACUUGGGAAAUUUUCCAUUUUGAUUCAAAAGAUAUUAUUUGGAGAUCUUAUGCAUUGGGGUUGUCUGGUGUUCAUCUGCAUCAUUGGAUUCACCUUCGCUUUUUACAUUCUGUUUCUCACUCUGGAUUUGGCCGAUUAUCCUUAUUUUAGAAACUUUUCAAUGACGCUGCGUACUACAUUUGAACUGAUGAUGGGAUUAUUGGAUAUCCCUCUUCCUUACGAUAAGCCAACACCAAGCAAUGUCUUCGUCAUCUAUAUCCUGUACAUGCUCUUUGUCUAUCUUCUGCUGUUAAAUUUGCUGAUAGCCAUGAUGGAUGACUCGUACUGGAGAAUAAUCUCAGAGGCCGAGCUACUGUGGAAAGUCCAGUUUGCAGCCAUUAUCCUGCUUCUGGAGCAGCGAGUGCCAGCAUUUCUGAAGGUCCGCUCCGGAAUUCCAGGAUCAUCGCUGGGCUUCGACGAUGACAAGUGGUAUAUCGGGGUUGAGGAGAUUCUCCCGGAGACUGAAGAAGAGACCAGCGCGCCAACCCAGAAAUACUACAACAUCAAAUGGGAUCGAGUCCGGAAAAACCUUGGCAAAAUCAUAAACUUGAAAGAAUCUGCUGAAUCUACCAGACUGUAGGAAACGCGGUCCAUCGCAUCUGUUGAGUUAUGUCUUUUCUUUAAAAUCGCUAAAUCUGUGUUAGUUAUUUUAAAUGAAUAGCGAGGUUAAAAAAAAAUCAACAAUUACAGUGUUGCGUCAUUGGUGAUAUUUAUUUAGACCAAGGGACUUGGACCUCUCAACCAUUUCCACUUUGGCACCAUUGCUGCCGAUUCCUCGAACAAUUUUAUGUGGGGCGGAACUGCAGAUGCUGGUUUCAACCGAAGAUAGACACAAAACG